UCAGCAGCAUGUCCGGCAGUGAGGUGGCCUCAGGCUCCCGAUCACGAUACAGACGCGAUACGAGCCGACGUCGGGCAGCGGAGGAGGCUGCCGAGAGCACGGUGGAGCCACUGUCGCCGCCACAGGCUUCGUUUGCAGGCGGCAGGCGACCUAAAGACUCAGCCUACUACUCGGGACUAUCACCAGUAGGCGGGCCAGUGGGUGGCCAGCCCGCAGCCGGGGCGACCGUGUCGAGCCUGGCCAGCCUCCAGAGUCCUGGUAGCCACGGGACCUGGAGCGGGAUGAGCCCGAUCGGUACGCCUGGAGCGCCUGGCCCUAGUGAGGCGAGCGCAACGGCCUCGGCGGCGGAAAGGAGAAGGCGGCGCAGAUUGGAGAGGAGGAACGAGAGGCCUGCGGCGACCGGGACGGUGGACUUUACGUAAUUGCUUCUUGUCUCGCCAUUGGCUUUUUGUUUUGUUUUGCAUGAGGCAGGAUCUUAUGGAGUCCUUUCCUGCCGGGGCGUUGAAAGAGUCAUUUGGGGAGUAAUUAAAGACAUCUCAGAGGGCGAGGGCUCUCGAUACGAAAGACAUUGCUGGCUGUUUUUGCGUUGUUUCUGUUUCGUUCCUCGUUCUUCGUUCUUCGUUCUUCGUUUUCAUAUAUACCCUGCGGAAGGGUGCAUACUUUCGCAACAAUUUGGGGAUCCGGGAC